GCAAAUCUCACUUCUUCAUAUACUCCAGCAUAGCUUCAAUAACUCAUUUAGUACUUUCCUCCACAGUUACUUGCUUCUUUUGUUAGCAUUUGGUUUACUUGUAUUAAUUUCGUAAUGGCAAAGAAUGUAGCUCAGUCUCCUCUUGAGAAAACUUGUAGCAUGGCUUCCCUUGACCAAAAGCUGGCCAUGGCGAAGCGUUGCUCUCAUGAAGGCGUAGUUGCUGGAGCUAAAGCAGCUGUUGUUGCUAGCAUUGCCACUGCCAUUCCAACUCUGGCCAGUGCAAGGAUGCUGCCUUGGGCCAGAGCCAAUCUCAACCACACUGCUCAAGCUCUUAUAAUCUCUACAGUUGCCGGAGCGGCAUAUUUCAUAGUUGCAGACAAGACUGUCCUGGCUACAGCACGAAGGAACUCCUUCAAGCAGAAUCCUAACAUCGAGGCAUGAGUUCAUUAAUUUGGACUGUUUAAUUUAAAUGUAUCUCAUCGAGCACUCUGAGAAUUACUUAUGUAAAUCCGUGGUUUUCGAAAAAUAAAGAAGGGCUUUCCAGUUUAAGAUCA